AGAGAGAGAGAGAGACAGAGAGGGAGAGGGGAAAACUCAAGCUGAUCUUCUCAUGGUUGUUCUUACGAUCUGAGGACUUUACCAUGACGCGCCAGGACUUUUUAUCAGUCAUUAGAGGAGUUCGUGACAGCUCUAUAGAUUGACAGCGUGGAUCUUUAGGUUUAGAGACUUAACGCGUGGUUUGUUUACUCGCGAUCGAGACAAACUUGCGGCAAAACGCGCGUGCGGACGCGAAAACUAGUGCGCGGAGAUCACCGCGGGCGCGUAUUGAGUCGCGAAAGGUCCGAGACCAGCACACUUCUGCGAUCCGGACUUCAGGGUUCAAACUUCCCUCCUUUUCCUUUGUGCCGGAGGACGAGCGCGGGCCAGCGGCGCGCAGAAGCACCAGGCCUUGGGUCAAUACGCCCUGAGCGGGCGUUUAACGAAUAGAAGUGAUUUUACAGAACAAAAAUGGAUCCAAACUCAGCAUCUGGUGGUGCUCCCAAAAGUGGGAAAGACAAGGAGAAGAAGAGCAAGAAGAACUAUGACGAAGGAGACGGAAAGAAGAAGUUUACUCUCAAACGGCUGAUUCCUGAUGAGCUGGAGCGCUUCACCAGCAUGCGGACGAAGAAGGACAAGUCAGGCACGAUGGGAAACAGACACUCGUCAGCCGCCCAGUAUGAAGUGCCAUCCCAGAGUUCCUCGCUGAACGAGCUGCCAGACGAGUCUGUGCUGGAGCUGUUUGAGCAGAUGUUGGUGGAUAUGAAUCUGAACGAGGAGAAGCAGCGGCCGCUGAGGCAGAAGGAUAUCGUCAUCAAGAGAGAGAUGGUGUCUCAGUACCUGCACACCUCCAAUGCUGCUAAGAGUCAGAAGGAGAGCUCGAAGUCAGCGCUGAUAUACAUCCAGGAGCUGAAGACCGAUCCGAGAGACGCGCAGUUACUGAGCUGCCUGGAGUCCCUGCGUGUGUCAUUAAACAACAACCCCGUCAGCUGGGUCCAGACGUUUGGAGCCGAGGGUUUGGCUUUGCUUCUGGCAUUCCUCAAGAAACUUCAAGAUGAGAGAGAAGAACCUGUGAAUGCUGGGAUUGGUGUGAAGUGUCAACAUGAGAUCAUUCGAUGUCUCAAAGCGUUCAUGAACAACAAGCACGGUCUCAAAGACAUGCUGACGUCAGAAGAAGGAAUCCCUCUCCUCGUCCGAUCCAUCAAUCCUAAAGUCCCGCACAUGAUGGUGGAUGUAGUCAAACUGCUGUCUGCCAUCUGUAUCCUGGAGCAUCCGGGGAACACUCAUGAGCGAGUUCUGGAGUGCAUCACUGAGCAGGCUGAAGAGCAGGAGAUCGAGAGGUUCCAGCCGCUGCUGUCCGGGAUGAGUAAAAACUCCAUCACGCUCAAGGCCGGCUGUAUGCAGCUGAUCAACGCUCUCAUCAGUCGAGUGGAGGAGCUGGACUUCAGGAUCCACCUGAGAUCAGAGCUCAUGAGACUGGGACUCAAAGACAUGCUGAAGGAGGUGAGGUCGAUAGAGAACGAGGAGCUCAAGGUUCAGUUGCAGGUGUUUGAAGAACAAGCUGAUGAAGACUCUGAAGAUCUUCGCUCCCGGUUGGACGACGUUCGUCUUGAGAUGGAUGAUGUGACUGAAGUCUUCCAGAUCUUGCUGAACACUGUGAAGGACUCUAAAGCCGAGCCUCUCUUCCUGUCUCUGCUGCAGCAUCUGCUGCUGGUGCGAAACGACUACAUGGCCAGGCCACACUACUAUAAACUCAUCGAUGAGUGUACGGCUCAGAUCGUUCUGCACAGGAACGGCUGUGAUCCAGACUUCAAAUGCAGGAAGUUUGAUCUGGACGUGGGCCAUCUGAUAGAUAACAUGGUUGAUCAGACCAAAGUGGAAAUCAGUGAAUCUAAGGCCACAGAGCUGGAAAAGAAGCUGGACACAGAGUUGACGGCCCGUCACGAGCUGCAGGUGGAGCUGAAGAAGAUGGAGGCCGAUUACGAGCAGAAGGUUCUGGAGCUGAGCACUGAGAAAGAGAAGCUGGGGAAAGAGAAGAACGACCAGGAGAAAGAGAACCAGGGCCUGCAGUCAGAAAUCAGCCAACUCAAAGAGAAGAUUGAGAAGCUCUCUAAAGAUCUCAAAGAAGCCGAAGCGAAGGUCAUCAUCAUGCAUGUGCCUGUGGCUCCACCCCCCAGCCAAUCAGCUUCCUCGGUGCCACCUCCACCUUGCCCUGCUGGAGCCAGCCUCCCUCCUCCUCCUCCCCCACCUCCUCCUCUACCAGGACAGACGGUCAUGCCCCCACCGCCCCCUUCAUUACCAGGAGCACCUGGUAUGCCGCCACCCCCUCCACCUCCACCUCUUCCUGGGGCAGCCAGUAUGCCGCCGCCUCCACCUCCCCCUCCUUUACCGGGAGCACCUGGAAUGCCACCUCCUCCUCCUCCUUUACCGGGUGCACCCGGAAUGCCGCCUCCUCCUCCUCCUUUACCUGGAGCACCUGGUAUGCCACCACCUCCACCUCCUCCGCCAGGGAUGCCCGGUAUGCCGCCUCCACCUCCUCCAAUGGGCGGUCCUGGUAUGCCUCCGCCCCCUCCGGGUGGGUUUGGUGGAUGGGUGCCUUCUGUUCCACAGCUGCCCUUCGGCCUCCAGCCUAAGAAAGACUACAAACCUGAGGUGCAGCUGAAGAGAGCCAACUGGAGCAAGAUCGCACCGGAGGAUCUGUCUGAAGACAGUUUCUGGGUGAAGGCGAAAGAGGAUCGCUUUGAGAACAAGGAGCUGUUUGCCAAACUCACUCUGACCUUCUCCACCCAGACCAAGAGUAAGAAGGAUCAAGAAGCAUCUGAGGAUAAGAAAAACGCUCCGAAGAAGAAGGCAAAGGAGCUGAAGGUGCUCGACUCCAAAACAUCCCAGAAUCUCUCUAUAUUCUUGGGUUCAAACAGGAUGCCUUAUGAAGAGAUGAAGAAUGUCAUCCUGGAGGUCAACGAGAAUGUUCUCACUGAAAACAUGGUGCAGAGUUUGCUGAAGCUGCUGCCGGAGCAGGAAUUACUGAACACAUUAUCAGAGAUGAAAGACGAGUAUGAGGAGCUGGCUGAGUCUGAACAGUUUGGAGUUGUGAUCAGUUCAGUGAAGCGUCUGAAGCCCCGUCUGACCUCCAUCCUCUUCAGACUUCAGUUUGAGGAGCAGGUGAAUAACGUCAAGCCGGAAGUGGUGGCGGUGACGGCCGCCUGCGAGGAGCUUCGGAAGAGCGAGAGCUUCUCCAAACUGCUGGAGAUGACGCUGCUGCUGGGAAACUUCAUGAACGCAGGAUCACGCAACGCCAAAGCUUUCGGCUUCAGCAUCAGUUACCUGUGCAAGUUGAGAGACACUAAAUCAGCCGAUCAGAAGCAGACUCUACUGCACUUCCUGGCGGAAAUAUGUCAGGAGCAGUAUCCUGAGGUCAUGACCUUCUCAGAGGAGCUCAUCCACGUGGAGAAAGCCAGCAGAGUGUCGGCAGAGAUGCUUCAGAAGAAUCUAGAUCAGAUGGGAAAGCAGAUUAAAAACCUGGAGAAAGACAUCGAGACGUUCCCCCCGCCGCAGAGCGACAGGGACAAAUUCGUAGAGAAGAUGACCAGUUUUGUAGCGACGGCUGGUGAGCAAUUUGAGAAGCUCAGGCUGAUGCAUGAGAACAUGGAGAAGCAGUAUGAGGACUUGGGCAAGUACUUUGUCUUCGACCCCAAGAAAAUUAGUCCAGAAGAGUUCUUCGGUGACCUCAACAACUUUAGGAACAUGUUCCAGCAAGCGGUGAAGGAGAACCAGAAACGGAAAGAAGCAGAGGAGAAGAUUCGUCGAGCCAAACUGGCGCGAGAGAAAACGGAAAAAGAGAAAGAGGAGAAACAGAAGAGAAUAAACGCUGGACAGAUUCCCAACAUCAAUGAUGAUGAUGAGACUGGUAUCAUGGAUGGUUUGUUGGAGGCGUUGCAAUCUGGAGCUGCUUUCAAAAGGAAGAGAGGACCACGACAAGCAGCCAACAAUCGGAGAGGAGCCGGUCACGCCGUGACAAACAUUCUCGCCAAAGAGCUUCUUCAAGAUGACACCCCUCGCAGUGCCAUGAAAAAGACCCGGUCAGAAGCAGAGGACAGGAAGGAGUCCACUCCGGAAGACACGGGCUCGCUGGAGGACCUCUUAGAUGACGCUCCGUUACGAUCAAAUUAAGGACUUCCUCUUCUGAUCCCAACAGUUAAAAGACAUACUGUGUUUGGGGACCAAGUCUGCGAGGGCGGGGCUCUCGCUAAACCACACCCCUUGAGUAAGCCCACACUGCUUCCUAUUGGCCAUCACACUGGAGGAGCGGCCUCAUCUCAUCACUGUCACAGCCGUUUUCUAGCACUCUUUCUCUAAACACAGGGUUUCAUCUGUCCGUUAUCUCUAUUGUCUGCAUUUAAAACGAUUCCAAAGAUUUGCAUAUAGAUUCCAGAACAUUUUGUUCCAUUCCAAGUUCAUGUGAACAUCCUCUUCUGGUUUUAAAACAAACAUCUGUUCCUCUUUGAACAUUUAGCUUUUUUCUUUUGCUCUUUGACUUUAAAACACAUCACAUGGCUGAAAUAAGUUACAUUGUUGUACUUGUAAGGCAACGUGCCAAUAAUGUCGAUCCCAUAAAUGCAUUUUCAAUUACGUAAGGUGUUCUCACUUAGGUUCUGUAGCCAUCACAAGGAGGUCUGGUACCUGUCCACAAGAUUAUUUCUCUCUCCUGUCCCCUUCUUUUUCUGGGUAUGUCAUUCUGUCCUUUUAAGUGAAUGGUGUUGUUUAAAUCUCAGAAAUACUUUUUACAAUAAUUGAGCCUCAUUCAUAAAACCAUUCUUGUAUAAAUCAUUGCAUGGAAUUAAAUGUGACAAUUUAUGCAAAAAAAAUUCAAAUAAAAUUGAUAAAACAUAAGUAAAAAAAAAAAAGUGCAUUGAAUUAAAUGCAAAAAUCUACUUGACAAUGGUUUUAUGAAUAAUUUGUGUGUUGACUGCUGAACUUCCAAAAUUUUCUGUACAAUGAUGAUCCAAUCUGUUGAUGCAUACAUCACACAAUUUACAGUAGAGUUUCAUUGUCGCAAGAUAAAUAAUUUUUCAUUUUCUAUCAGACAUUAAGUAAAAAGUCGCUGUGAACUGGGCAAAAGUAACAUUGACAAGUCCUUUGGCAUUCAUUCCUCUGAUAAAUGGUUUGAUCAAGAUACAUCUGAGGGACUAAAGCAGCUGAAAUGUCUGCACAUAGAUUUAUUAAUCUUUACUAUUUUUCAUUGCAGUCUUUAAAAGACAGUGAGCAAAUGUCCCUGCCUUUAUGUCGACUGAUCACCAGCAUAUACUGUUUAACCUGUCGACUGUUGAGAUUGUUCUCUAGGUUGUGUCAGUGAUGCAGGCAAAAUAUGACCUCAAGAGUUUCAGCUUUUAAAUAUGACUUACCUGAAUGUUGAUGUUGGCUGAAAGUUUGAGGGUAGAGAUCACUGUUUAAAGCAAUAGCUCGGACUGCAUUUGUCAAGGAAUCCUGAGAACUUGUCUUCCGGAUUGAACUAUAUUAAAAUAUAUAUGCAUUUAUGUAAUGUGUGUAAAAUGACAUCAAUGUUUUAGCAGUGGUCCAGGUCUCUAAAUGCUGCCUAGAAACCAGCAAGUCCGAAAGAGCUUGAAAAAAUGUUCAGUUUUUGAAGCCAAAUUUCCAAUUUUUGACAUUUUAGAAUUUCUGAGGGAAUCAACAGAUUCUGCUUCAAAGCUGAUUGAUCGUACUGAUGGUUGUGCAAGUCAGUUUCACUUUAUUAAAAAAAAAGUCUGGGUAAAGAUCACUGGAAAAACAGACACUUUUUUUUUUUUUUUUUAAGAACACCAUUUUUCAUUGUCAAUUUUUAUUGUUGAUCAUUUUAUUGUGAUAAUAUAGAGAUUGUAUUGGUGGGAUCCAUUUGGUCAAAUUGUGUACAUUGCGUUUUGACUGUAGAGAUGUUUAUUAUGGUUGUCUCUAAAACUACACCAUUAAAAUAUCAUGUUUAAUACUUA